GUCGGCCCCCAGAGACUCCACGCAGAGCUCCGCUUCCUCUCUUGGUUCCAUGACACCUGGCUGUCCCCUUACGAGUUCUACCAGGUCACCUGGUACGUGUCCUGGAGCCCCUGCAUUGAAUGUGCAGAAGAGUUGACAACAUUCCUGGCCAAUCACCCCAACGUGACCCUGACAAUCUAUGUCUCCCGCCUCUACUACCACCAGCUGCCUGCUUACAGAGCGGGGCUGCGAGCACUGGCUAAGGAAGGGGCCUGUGUGAAGGUCAUGUUUUUUCACGAUUUUUUAGACUGUUGGAGACGCUUUGUGCACAACGGCAGUGACUACUUUGAGCCUUGGGACCAUCUCUAUCAAAAUUCCUGGGACUACCACCAGAUCCUGGAGGGGAUUCUCAAGUGAGGAGCCUCCCUCGGCUCUCUCCUGUUGGCCCCACCAUCGAAGGCCUUCCCAGCUGAGGUUGGACGCCGCUCUGUGCCCUCCCUGUCCUGCCCUCCCUGCACCUGUCCCAGGUCCCGCCCCGCCCUUCGCCCCCUGCCUGCUCCUCAGCAUCCUCCAUCCUGGUAGAAUUUGCAUCUCCCAGCCAAGAAUCUCAGGCUUCUGCAGCUCCGAGGCAAGCCCACCUGUCCUGUGAUCAAAGGAAAAUAUCAUAUACGUGUUCCUGACAACUACCCCGGCCCUAGACUCGACUGUACCCAAACAUGAGUGUAAGCACAAAGAUUUGAGAAACAUCCCUCAAGGCAGAUUUGAGGUCUCCUGUGUUCGCAUACCUUGCAAUUAAAGCCUUUGCCUGUAGA